GCCGCGCGUCUGGCAACCGUGGUUUUCCCGUGCUCACGGGGCCAUUGCACGAGCGAUCGCGAGCGUAUGCAAAAUGGCUCACGAUUCUUGUGCCCGGUCUCGCUACGCGCCGAGCAAGAGCAUCGCACGUCUUCGCAGCGUCCAGGCACGCCGAUGACAGCUGGAAAUGUCUUCUGCCGCUGAAGGAAGUGGUCACUCUCUCGUCAAUGCUCCGUCGGUGCGGCAAGCCCCGACUAAGCGAGCCCCAGGGGAUGCUCCGGUGGACGAAAGUACGGUCGGGUUGGUCAAGCUUUUUGUGUCCACCCUGCUGCCCGACUUCUCCCCCAGGGGCGCUGUGUACUCGGUGGCCCUGGUGCUCGCCGCCUGCUACGCCGUGAUCGUCCUCGCUGGAGUCGUCCGAAAGGCGCCCUCGUCCCCGUUCCGCUGCGACGACCCGUCUCUGCAGGCGCCCCAGGAGAAGGACAUCCUGCCCUCAGCUCCUUACGUGACGCUCGUGUUGGCCUCCACGGUGACCGUGGUGUCUGUGGCCGAGCUCCGCCGACCCGGCGCCAGCUGGACGGAGGCCACUUACUGGACGGCCAGGCAUCUGCGAAGAUUGUUCGUCGGCUUCGUCGUCGUGGGUGACAUUGCCCACACCAUCCAGCUAGCCGUCAACGCCAAGAGACCGCAUUUCAUCGAAGCCUGCCGGCCCGCUGUAAACCUGCCGAACGGGACGGAGGUGCUCGCUUGUUCGGGAGAACCGGUGACUCCGGAACCGCGGUCAGGUGUUGACAGGCGUAGCGACCCGGAACUCUCCCUUGGAAGCGGCGAUGAAGAACCUCAUCCGGAGGGAAACGGUGCCGCAAAUGACACACCGAUUCCCCCGCGGGACGAAAACGCUAACGUCACCACCGCUCCCCGUUCGCCAGCUGAGUAGUACGUCGCGGUGUAUAUCCGCCCCCAAGGUUUCCCAGACUACGGGGCGGGGGUUAUUCUGUAGUUAUCCACCUAAUCGACCGUCCAUUUUAUGUCCGCCGCUGAUUGGCCUGAGCUGAACCAGCGAGACGGAAGCUGCAGCUGGAGGCGCCCGUUUCCUUGUCGCUGGUACCCCAA